GGGGAGCAGAAUGAAGUCACCACAAUCCAAGGGGAAAGCUCAGUGACCUGCUCUGCCACUUAGACACACUCAGGUCUCAUGGGGCCAGCUAGGAGCUGGCAGAACUCACUGAGCCACUUUCCACCAUUUCCCAGCAGUCCUGGCUAACAGGAAGGUUAGGGGAAAUGCAACACCUGUCUGCAAGACUGGAAGGAGGAUCAGGGAGCUGCAGGCCUGUCAUUCUGACCUUGGUGCUGGGAAGUUCAUGGAGCAGAACAUCCUGAUGGCACUCAGGACAGCCAGGGGAUCAGGCCCACACAGCAUGGGUUUGCAAAAGACCCUGAACAACUGGCUCUCCCACGACAAGCACUCUCCUGGACAGACUGGAUUCCUAUGGCUUGGAGGGGUGAGCUCAUCUCUGGCUCUGUACUGCUGCAGGAGGACUGGCGCAGAAGGAAGAUGCCACUGAGGAGCUCAGCAGGAUUCAUGCUGCUCUUGCUCUCUCAGUGCACUGUGUCCCUGGGCACCAAAGAGACAGUGGUCCUGGCUAAUGCCCACCUCCUCCCCCAGAGAGACUAUGAGAGACUGGGAAAUGCUAAUGAGAAAGACUAUCCAAGGGAUUGUUUUGAGAUUUUAAAGCACUCCAAAGGAAAUUCCAGAGAUGGCCUUUACAUCAUCCGACCAAAAGAGGAACCAAUUGUUGUCUUUUGUAACAUGCAGGAUGGGGGUUGGACAGUAAUCCAGCACAUUACAGCCAACAGCACUGUCGACUUUGACAGGACCUGGCAGGACUACAAAUAUGGAUUUGGCUCUGUUCAUGAGAACCACUGGCUAGGAAAUGAAUACAUGCAUCAGUUAACUGGCAGCUCAGUGCAAUAUAUACUUGGAGUUAAACUUGUAAAUCUAAAUGCUGAAGUCAAAUGGGGACAGUAUGAGCCAUUCCUGAUUGAGGGGGAAGAGUCCCAAUAUCGAAUCAGGGUUGGUCUUUACAAAGGCAACGCCACUGAUGCUCUGACCCUGGACACAGAAGCUUAUCUCCAUGACAACCAGAAGUUUACCACCAAGGACAGAGACAAUGACAAUUACUUUAUGAAUUGUGCUAAGCUGGAACUCAAUGGCAUUCCUGGAGGAGGCUGGUGGUACGAUGCGUGUGCUGGGGCAAACCUGAACCGCAGGAACAUGAUAUACUGGCAAAAAGACUGCAGCAAGCAACAUCCCUGCAAGUUUGCAUGGAUGAUGAUCAAACCCAUCGAGCAGCACCAGUCGUACCCUACCAAGGCCUGCUCCUGUCAGAAAGUUGAACUGUAGACAAGCCAUAUGUAUCUAACAGGAACAGGGACUCUUUCUCAAGUGACUGAAGUGAACUCACUGACUGAGUAAUAACCCUAAGUAACCACGACUGGAAAUUUAAAUUUGGCCUCUGUAAGGGCUUUAUGUUGUCAUAUUGUCCAGGACUGGAACAUGUCACAGAGAUUUGCCAACCAUACAAGUGAGAAACUGUCAGAAACUGAGGCCUUUACCACAAGAUUUAUAUAACCAGAAGAUUUAAAUAAUUAAUUUUAUGCUAUUUUAGCCAUAAGACAAGUCCGAUAUGAAAUCCAGGAUGUGAUGUCUUGUACAAUAUAUACAUGAAUAAAAAUGCAUUUCAGAA